AUGCGGGGAUUACGGCGCCGAGAGGCGGUGGUCAUGGACGCAAGCCAGAAGAAGAGUAUGGCCUUCUCUCUGAGUAAGUAAAUUAUUAUAGUGUGGCACUUCGUCUCUUCCAAACUUUCUUGUUCGGGAAAUUCGUUUAAAGUGCGGCUUUGUUGCGUAACUAGUAUUAUGUAAUCUACCCAAAGUACUCAGACAAAGUAUUUAAAAGUGUGCAGAUUGGACAAAGAGGGCCGUCGAAUAUAAUAAUUUUGGCCACCUUACCAAAAUGUACGAAAUCGAAAAUCCAGUCCUGUUUUCUUCAGAAGAGAAUGACGCGGAAGCCCUGAUUAUUGGACCGUACUUGCAGAAGAAAGUGGGCCCGGCCGAGGUAAGCACUCUUUACACGAGUAUCCUUUUAUGGGGUUUGCGAAGUUCCUGUUUAAGAACCAAUUUUAGCUCCAAAAUACGACACGUUUCAACGCCGCGGAGAUAAAGACUUUAUAUCGGGCAUUUAAGGCCACCGCACCGAGUACUGUUAUUCAUCGGGACCUUCUUCGGAGCAUAUUCAGAGAGUUCUUCAGACGGGGAGAUGUUGAGCAUUACGCGGAUCUUGUUUUCAAUGCCAUCAAUGUUUCUCAUACCGGUUCUAUCACCUUCUCGGUAGGUACGGCUUAAAAUAUUAGUCAUACGAAUUUAAGGAGUACUUAAAGUGCCUUUCGGUUUUAUGCAGAGGAUCGAUGGAAGAAAAGAUUGAAUGGAUUUAUAACAUCUAUGAUCCGUUGGGGAAAGGCUACGUAAGCUGUGAGCGAGUUCAACAUGUGAUGACCUCGGUUGCCGAUCUUCUGGGAACCCACAAAAGAAAGCCGAGUCGUCCUGAAAUUGAUGUCAAGUGUGCACAAGAAGUCUUUCAGAGAUUUAAUCCCAAUUCUGAUGGAGUUAUAACGAAAAAAGAUUUCCUUGAAAAAUGCCUAAACGAUCCUUCGAUAUGCGAAUCCAUAGAUGUCUUUAAAUCAAUCCUUUUCAAGUAA